AUGAUGGAAGAAGGCGACGAUGUGCUCGAACACAUCAACAAGCUCAAGCCGCUGGCGGAACAGCUAGAAGCGGUGGGUGCUCCAGUCUGCGAGGACGAUCUGGUGAUCACACUUCUCGGCAGCCUGAGUGACUCGUAUCAAUUCUUGAUCACAGCUUGGAGUCGCGCUCAGACACUCUUAGCUGGGAGCUCGUGA